AUGUAUGAGUUCCGUAACCGAGUAUUCAAUCAAUAUCAUACCCUCGCUGAAAGGAUUAACAAUCCACCUAGUAAAAUCCCUGCUCAUAUUUGGAGGGAUAUGGUUAACAAGUGGAGGGACCUAAACUGGAAGAGCACCAGUGAUAAGAACAAAGCCAAUCGUGAGAAGUCUAAGCUCACUGCUACCGGCGGAUCUGUUCCCAUGGCAAAGUUUAUGCUUGAUCAGAUCAAGAAGACGGGGAAAGAACCAGAUCCUAUAGAGACAUUCAAGAAGUUCCAUGUGAAGAAGGGCAAUGGUGGAUUCACCACCCCAAAACCUCAUACCAUACAUGUUGAAUUGAAGAAUAAGGAGGCCAAGAAGUUGCGUCAAGAGGAAGAGGUGAACCAGUUUGCGAUUUAUGGUGAGGGCUGCAGCAAAAGGUGCGAAGAUGACCGAAGGGAAGAGAAGGCGAAGAAUGAUGAGAUGGUAAGAAUGCUGAAAGAAGAGAUAGUGCUGGUGAAGAAUGGAGUUCCUCAGAUUGUCGAGGACACAUUUAAGAGGCUAGGAGUUACUUUGCCAGAGUCCUCAAGUGCUGGAGACAAGGGGGUGAAUGAUGAAGAUGAAGAUGGAGACGAGGAAGUGAAUGAUGAAGAUGUGGACGAUACUGAUAAUGAGAACAACUCCCCAUGA